UUUCUCAUUCCCAAUUCUCUCCCAGCUAAUUUGAAAUCAGAAACCCUAACAAUGGCGUCGGCGAUGGUUCUCGACCCGAAGCCGAUCCCCGGUCCCGCCACCACCCUCCCUCCCAUCAGAUCUGACCCGACCGUCCUCACCGACCCGAACUCCUCCGACGAGGACUCCACCGACCUCUACAGCCGCCUGAAGGCCCUGCAGCGGCAGAACGAGUUCAUCGACAUCAAGGAGGAGUACGUCAAGGACGAGCAGAAGAAUCUGAAGCGGGAGAUGCUCCGGUCGCAGGAGGAGGUCAAGCGGAUCCAGUCGGUGCCGCUCGUCAUCGGCCAGUUUCUGGAGAUGGUCGACGAGAACCACGGCAUUGUGGGCUCCACGACGGGGUCGAACUACUACGUCAGGAUUCUGAGCACGAUCAACCGCGAGCAUCUCAAGCCCUCGGCGUCUGUGGCCUUGCACCGCCACUCUAAUGCUCUUGUGGAUGUUCUGCCGCCGGAGGCCGACUCGAGUAUCUCGCUGCUUAGUCAGUCGGAGAAGCCUGACGUCACCUACAGUGAUAUUGGAGGAUGUGAUAUUCAGAAGCAAGAAAUCCGUGAAGCAGUGGAACUUCCACUUACUCACCAUGACUUGUACAAACAGAUUGGAAUAGAUCCUCCACGCGGUGUUUUGCUCUAUGGUCCACCUGGAACUGGUAAAACCAUGCUAGCUAAGGCUGUGGCUAACCAUACAACUGCUGCCUUCAUAAGAGUUGUUGGUUCAGAAUUUGUUCAGAAGUAUUUGGGAGAGGGUCCUAGAAUGGUUCGUGAUGUUUUCCGUCUUGCCAAGGAGAAUGCACCUGCCAUCAUCUUUAUUGAUGAGGUUGAUGCUAUUGCUACUGCAAGGUUUGAUGCUCAAACUGGAGCUGAUAGAGAAGUUCAGCGAAUUCUUAUGGAGCUCCUCAAUCAGAUGGAUGGGUUUGACCAGACUGUAAACGUUAAGGUCAUAAUGGCCACUAAUCGUGCAGACACGUUGGAUCCUGCACUUCUGCGUCCUGGAAGGCUUGACCGGAAGAUUGAAUUUCCUUUGCCUGAUAGGCGACAGAAAAGACUUGUUUUCCAGGUCUGCACUGCUAAAAUGAACUUGAGUGACGAGGUAGAUUUGGAAGAUUAUGUAUCAAGGCCAGACAAAAUUAGUGCCGCUGAGAUUACAGCCAUAUGUCAAGAAGCAGGAAUGCACGCAGUUCGCAAAAACCGUUAUGUCAUACUCCCCAAGGACUUCGAAAAGGGUUAUCAAACCAAUGUGAAGAAGCCAGAUACCGACUUCGAAUUCUACAAAUGAGUGGUUACUGGAAGGCCAUAUGACUUAGAUGCUAGAGUUGCUGAAGAGGCUCUGUGAUUGUAGUUGGAUAUAUGGCUUCUUUGCCAUUACAGCUUACUGGAAGACGCUUGUUUUAUUAUGUAUGCAACUUGAGCUGUCAAGUGAAACUACACUGUUAUGCUGUGGUACUGCAGUUCUAGCCUUUGUUACUUGAUAUUCUUCUUUCUUCUCAGCAUGUGUUAUGUUUAUGAGAUAACAUUCACGUUAACUAGAUGAAGUGUCAAAAAAUGCAAAUUAUUAGAAACUUACAAAAUUAUUCCUUCAGCGAUGGGUUCCA